GUUAAGAAAACACGUUGUCAUUUAACAAAUAAUAUCGGGUAUCUGGCACAAAGCCAUUUUUGUUUGAAUGUACUAUACGACCACAUAUACAAGAUUAAGAAAACACAUUGUCAUUUAACAAAUAAUAUCGGGUAUCUGGCACAAAGCCGAUGGAGUGAUCGAACGUUUUAAAUCUUGCGUGUGUCCCGUAAUUCUGAUCGCGGCGGUUCGAGUCGGCGAGUUGGAACUCUGUUGACGUUGCAAUCGUUGGUGGUGAAAUUGACAGCUGACUUUCGAAGUUCAUUGUGCAUUUGUCGUAACGCAAGUGUGAACGUUUCGCGUAAAAAUUUGCACAUCGCGCCUUUCGAGUGCCUUCCGAUAGUGUUCGUCUCGAUCGGAACGAUACCCCGAGGACACAUCUGAAUUAUCACAAAAAAAAACAGGUGAAAAAAACCGUAUCAUCAGGUGAUUUUCACGCGCAUGCGCGCUAGUCCGAGCGCCAACAUGGAAGGAAUUUCAAACCGGCUUCAUUCGGGUGAUUUCAGCGUGCGCGCCAGCUUAGUGCCGACAUGCCGUCCGAGAAACUAGAGAAGGGUUCGAAAAUCGUGCUCAAAAAGCUCAACAUCAUGGAACAAAAUAAUUCUCAUUCAGAUUUGGUGCGCGACGGUGACGAAAUCGAGCAAAACGAGAGGACUUUGCGGGAAGUUUCAUGGAAAGAAUGGGUCUCGGUUUCCGUGUUGUGUUACGUAAAUCUCAUCAAUUACAUGGAUAGAUUCACCUUGGCCGGGGUGCUGGAGGAGAUUCAAACGUACUUCGGUGUCAACGAUGGUCGCGCGGGUCUCCUGCAGACCGCUUUCGUGGUGAGCUAUAUGGCCUUCGGGCCGCUAUUCGGAUAUCUUGGCGACCGGUACAGCAGACGGUGGCUGAUGAGUUUCGGGGUGUUUUUAUGGAGCGUCACCACCCUAUGCGGGUCGUUUAUGCAGAACUAUUGGUGGUUCCUCCUAUUCAGGUCGCUGGUCGGCAUAGGGGAAGCUAGCUACUCCACUAUAGCUCCAACCAUUAUCAGCGAUCUUUUCGUAGGAGAUAUUCGAUCCAAGAUGCUCGCGUUGUUCUACUUCGCGAUUCCGGUUGGAAGCGGUUUGGGCUACAUAGUGGGUUCGGAAACGGCCAGCUUGGCGGGUUCAUGGCACUGGGCUCUCCGGGUCACUCCCGCCCUGGGCCUCGUCGCUGUUUUCAUGAUAGUGGUGUUCCUGGAGGAACCGGAACGCGGUGCCAGUGAAGGUAACGUCCACAUGGAGGCCACCUCGUGGGGCGAAGAUAUAAAAGAACUCUUGAAAAACAAGAGCUACAUACUCUCCACCGCGGGUUUCACUUGCGUUUCCUUCGUGGCCGGGGCGUUGGCUUGGUGGGGUCCUAAGUUCAUAGAAAAGGGACUGAACAUUCAGGGGAAUCCCGGCGCGGAAGAUAGCGUUUCUUUCCGCUUCGGCAUCGUCGCCAUGAUUUCGGGCUUGAUCGGGGUACCUACGGGCUCCUACUUGGCCCAGAGGCUGCGCCAUAGGGUCCACCGGAUCGACGCCUAUAUUUGCGGCUUCGGGUUGCUCCUGUCGAGCCCCUUCGUCUUCUUCGCCAUUUUCUCAGCGAAGUAUUCGGCCCCCGUGUGUUUCACUAUGGUGUUCUUCGGCGAGUUCUUCCUCAACCUCACCUGGUCCAUAGUCGCGGACAUUUUAUUGUAUGUGGUGUUGCCCAUCAGGAGAUCAACGGCGGAAGGGUUCCAGCUACUCGUAUCCCAUGCGUUGGGUGACGCCGGCAGUCCUUAUUUGGUUGGUGUGUUAUCCGAAGCUUACCAAAUCAUGCUUCGGGGCAACGACAACGUGACGACGCCCAUGAAUGUAACAUUGACACCACAGGACUCGGAUACGACCCUAAUCGAAUUCAAAGCGUUACAAUAUGCGCUAUUCACGGCGUGUUUCGUAGAAAUCCUCGGCGGCUUCUUAUUCCUCUUCAAUGCCUUCUUCAUCGUGGAGGACAAGGAAAAGGUGGAAAGGGCGAUCCACGGACAACAGAACCGUACGGACCACACGGACCCGUUGGCCGCCCUCGAAAAUUCGUAGCACGGAAUUCGCAGCGGCUUUUAAUCAACGAAGACCUGCAGUCCACCUAAUUGAGAAACCAGAAAAGCACAUGUCGUGCGUACGGAACUUUGUUUUAAAAAUUCGAGUGCUGCCGUGUACCGUUUUGUACGUACUACGGCAACUAAAAAUAAAGUUCGGCGUGAACUUUGUUGUACAUAAUUUCCACUAGAGUCUAAGCGUGCGGUGUUUGUGAAAAAUUAUAUAAUUUAUUUUUCGGUUUGCCCGUUGUAUAGUAAAAGAAUGUAGAAGAGCUAUUUAUUGAGCGCUAGGUAAUUUAUUUACAAAACAAAUAUAUACGUGUGGAACGUUUCCGUGUCAACAAAACUGCCAUUUGUACAUAAAGAACAUCACCUUUUUUUGUUAGAAUGUAGUAUAAGUAUAAACACAAUAGGUUAAAACAGAUUCUAAAGCGCGUAUUGACGCUCUCUUUUCAACUUCUUUUAUUGCAAAUAGCGCUGUUCUUUUCUUGCCCACAUAUAAUUGAAUCGGUGAUAUAUAGACAUCUUACUUUUAUUGUCAAUUUUGUUAUAAUUUCGCUUCCCAUUUUUUAUUUGUCUCAUUUGUUCCCAUUAAAUACUUAAUUUUAUUGUAUAAAAUAUCAAGAAUGUAAAAUAUGUUUUUAAACUCCAUUUCCUCCAAACCUUGUUUAACUAAAACACACAUCCCAUAUAAAUAUUUCAUUUACAAAUUAAUGUAAGAACACAAAUACAAAAUAACAAAUGCUGCAAAGAUGUGCUUGGUAAACAUACUUUAUAUCCUUUUAAUCAUCUUGCGAUGCUACAUGCUCAAACACCGAAUUCAAAUUUGGUAAAAUUAUUGAUCUCUAGGUAAUCGAUAAAAUUAUAUUUUCCUAUAUUUCAAUGCCUUUAUUAUGCUGUUAUUGUAGUCAUCACAUCGCAUUCCAGGCAUAUCUAAAAGUUAAAAUUCUUUUUGUUUUGUUUCUACUAUUCCACUAGGAAUUAUUACUUGAGAAGCAAAAUUUCACGCUAAAAUUGCUUUUAUAAAUGUAAACUCGACAAUUAAUGGUUCCACGUGUUACCUCUGUUAGAUACCUAUUGUGUUUACGGAUCUUGGGUUGUGCGGUCCGGGUUUGCAUCUGUUUAUUGUAUUCCGUGGAACACGGAAAAAUUUAGAUUUUUUGUAUAUCGUCGAAGAUGUCUUUAUCACUACCCGUAAGAUUUACAACAAACGCGAAAUCGACAAAGCUUUAAUAAAAUAGGGUUACGAAAUAUUUGCACGCCCUCUGCCGCUACCCAGUCGCGGGAAAUUUUAACAAUUUUACGAAGCUAAAAAGUACCAGUACUUAAGUUACCCGAAAACUAACCCUGUAAUGAAGACUGAUUAGCGUUGCGCGUAGACAGCUGUUUUACGUGAGGUGGGGGUUGCGCACGUCGGCUUUGUAAUUUGAAUAGAUUUUUUUUAAAAUUUCUCAGAUGAAAAUAAACGUUUUAUCUAUAAUUUAUUCGUUUUGAUAUUUACCUUUACUUUUAGCUCCAGUUAUAUAUACCAUUGCGGGGCAUUUUUAAAAGGUUUGUGCGUUGUUCAUAGAAAACGGUUUCCAUAAGUAUAAACAGUUUCCAUUUUGGCA